UUGAUUGAAGAUGGCGGCUAGUUUGUCUCGGACAGUAAGCGAGGUAUCCGGGUCACUGGUUAGUGAUUCGUCGAAUCCAGUGCCUCCUGAGUCUCUACUGGAAAUGGAAACUGACCAGAUCAAGCAAUUGUUGGAACAAACCGAGCAUACUUGUAAAUUUCUUGAGAAAGAAGUUAACAUGUUUGAAAAAUUUAUUAAAAGACUUGAUCCUAAAGACAUGAUGGUUUCUAAUGCAGCAGCAGCUCAGCUGGAGUCACGUGUGCUGCCAGCAGUGGGAGGAGGGCAGAGGAAAAAAGGAAGACAAAGAAUAGGAGGACCCAGUGUGGAAAAGCUAUUGAAGUUAACAUUGGAACAGAAGUGUGACAUAGCUAGCAGGGAACUGGAUGAACUGAGGGAAGAAGUGAACAAGAAAUGUAGAGAAAAAGAAAAAACACUUGACAACCACAGGGCUAUGAUAACAGAGUGUGACUUCUUAUUGUCUGAAUUAACAAAAUCUUCCUAUGAGUUUCAAAGAGACAUAAUAAGAACAACAAAUAAACAAAGAGGUAACGUGUUGACUGAGAAGCUAUUCAGAUAUUUUGAAGAGUACAUUAAAUCAAGAGAUAGUUUGGUUGAGAAGAUUGGCCUAAAGAAUUCAGCUAUGAAAGUGAAAAGAAAGAAAUUAAUGAACCAACUGAAACAAAAAGAGGAGAGCGGUGAGGUCAGACACGAAGUUGAUUACGAUCAAUUGAAAAUUGAAAACAAGCAGUUACACGAACGCGUUGAUGAGAAGAACACUCAACUACUUGAGCUCAAACUCUCAGCAGGAAAGACAAUGCAGACGCUGAACUAUUAUAAGACUAAAGUAUCCGGUAUGUCAGCUGAUAGUAAGAGACUGGAUGAUGAGAUAGCACAGAGACAGGAACUGCUAUCUAAAAUAGAAACCGAAUCAGAACUAGUAACUAUUGAGAAGUCAAGGGCUGAAGAGUCUAAUAAAGGUAUUCAUUCAAGACUGGACAAUUAUCGUGUACCUGAAGUAAUGGCCUAUGUAUCAGAGAGAGCUAGUCAGUAUGAACUAAUGAAGACACUGCAUAUCUGGCAAAGAAAAGUUGAAAUAGCCGAAAUGACAUUAAGGACGCAUCAACAAACAUGGCAUCAGUUGACCAAACGAUCACUUCAAUACAAAACAAACUAAAAAUAAAACCACAUGAUAUAAUUAUAUAACACUGCACACUCCAUCAAGUAAAGUAUUAUUAUAUAAAAAUAUAAUUUGAAUAGCUAUAAAAA